UGAAAACCACACAUAGAUUAGGGCCAUAAAGGAAGAGUACCCACUAGAUACAAAGCAGCCUUGGAAAGGAAGUAGAGGAUAAAGAAAAAUUUCCUUAAAUUUAGCUGGGUAAUUUUGGCUUCCUGAAAGUUCUCUCCAGUUACUAAGGCAACAUUAUCCCAAUUCGAUUCUUAUCCUCCACAUUGUCACCACUCAGCAUGGCACCCUCCUACACACACCUGGUUCUCAUUGCAAUUGUAACCCACUCAUUAAUAAUGAGUUUCAACCUAGGCUGCACAUGAGAAUUGCCUGGGGAGCUUUUAGAAAUCCUGAUGCCCAGGCAUACUCCAGACCAAUUAAACCAGAAUUUCUGGGAGUAGGAUCCAAGUACCAGUAAUUUUUAAAGCUUCCAGGUAAUUCCAAAGUAUGGCCGAGGUUGAGCGCCACUGCUUUGUUCUCAGUUUAAGUCCUGAUCUAUGCUUCUCCCAUGUCCUUCAGGACCCCAAUCCAACCUCACAAAGAAGUCAUCUGCAACUGACAAGAUAGCAUAGCAAAUUGCUUAAAGGAGGAAAGGCUUGAUACUGUUUCCUUAAAGAAUUCAGACCAAGAACUACACACACACACACACACACACACACAUACACACACACAGAGACAUAUACAAACACACCCUAAUGGAUACCUGCAUCUACCUCCCCUAAAGCAUGAGAAUGAAUAGGUGACUAAAGAGUAUGGACUCAGGCUGUGGGUACAGUGAGGCUAUGAAAGCGACUGCCCUCCCCCCACCCAAGGCCCCAACACCCAGCAGGACCUCUAUGACCUCAUGCUGUAGUAGGUCAGAGUCCAGGGCCUGGGGCCUCACCUCCAUGGGCAGCUUGGGGUUUCUGCAGCAGCUACUGCCCUGCCUAACCCCUCCCACACCCCAUCAUGUUGGUUGGUACCCCUCACCUGCUGACACUGGAUGAAGCUGAUGCUACCUGGACCCUCAUCAAAGAUAAGGUUAUAGAGGAGCGCUUUGGGCCCAAUGUAGUGGCAGUACCUUUCCUGUCGGAUGCAGCCUGCUUUGACCUACUGGGUGUGCUAGUGAAACAGCCCCGCCCAGCCCACACCCGCCUGGCUCUGCCAGGACGGCAGGGCCGGCGGGCACUACAACCAGUGGGGCCACUACCGAACCUCCUGGAGCAGGCAGGCUCUGAAGGUGCCUUUGCCCACUGCACUAGAGAAUACUCACCAAAUGGCCGGGCAGAGACAGCCUAUGAAGAAGUGCGACUGUUGGAUGGGCAGCCCUGCCAGAUCCGCUUACGUAUGGGUGGCCUGCGCAAGAAGGUGGCCUUCCUGCUGCUGCCACCAGGGCAGGUGAGCCUACAGCAGACUCUUCCCUGGCUCCGAAACACCCACAGCAUCUACAUCAUCUACCAGGUCUUCUCCUGUUCCUGGCUACAGCUGGGGCUGCUGCCUACAGCCCGUGAGCCCCAACUGCUCUGGUUACAGCGGUCACUGCCUAUUGCCUUCUCCUGCCUCAAGUUUUCACUGCAGCCCAAGGGAGUGCUGGGACCACAGAAGCCCCUGAUCAAAGACCCACUGCCCCAUGGGGCCAGUUGGGUCAGACCCGACCUCAGCAUCAUGCCACCUCCGGCCCCCACGUCAGCCCCUGCUGAUGUCCCCGAAGCUGCUGAUGUGCCCUCACCUGGCCCAGCCCCACCUUCACCACCUCCCCAGGAAGGGCCAGAGGGCAGACCACCCAGAUUCUCCUACAAGGGCCGAAACCCCUUCCGAAGGGGGCCCCAGAUGCUGUCAGAGAACUGGCUCUUCAGCCCCCGAAGCCCCGCACCAGGAGCCCAGGGUGGGGGACCCGGGGACCCCGAGCGGCACUCCAUGUCCCUGCCCCUGCUGCAGGGUCUGUCCUCGGAGUUCGACAGCGACGAAUAAAGCUGAGGCGAGAGAUGCAGGGGGCCAGGCCCCCAAGACCUGACAUAGGGACACUGGUCCCCAAUAAACAUCAGCUGCUGCUCCCCCACACCAUCCUGGGCCCGUGGUGCUUCUUCCUGUAGGAGUCUGGAGGAGGAAAGUCCCAACCUUUUUCCCCAGGCUUCAUGUCCCCUCACC